GAAUCGAAAUCGCAAUCGGCCUUGACUCAAUCGGCUCUCGCUCUCUGCCUCUCACGAGUCUCGACUCUCGGCCGGCUCUCGGCCUCUCGCUCUCGCAUCUUGUGACCUGUGAAGUUAGGGUUAUUUACUUUACUUAUUUUAUUUUUUAUGUUUCUGAUUUUUGUUUCAUUGCAAAACCUAAGGAUGAAGCUGUGAAAUUGGUCCUUUGUGGUUUGUCAUUUGUGUUUCUAGUACUCUGCAUCACUGAUUCACUGUAUGUAUAAUGUUAAUGUAUCAUGUAUGCCUAAAUCCUAACUGAAAUCCAUGCCUUUUGCUGCCAAUCUACCAUUUGUUAAUUGUUGGGUGGUUGACUGGUUGACCCAAAGAUGUAUAUAAGACUAUAAACCUCUUGUUCCUCCGCAGUCGACUCUCGCCUCUCGACCGCUCAAAAUCUGAUGAUUUAGAUUGUUAUUUGAAGAUUUGAUCUUUUGUUUAGAUUAGGGAUUUAAGGUUAUUUUGUUUAAUUGUUUAGUUUAGGUUAGGGUCAUUUAACUUAUCUUGUUUAGUUUAGGUUUACCCAAAUGUUAAAACUUUAAUCAUUACAUAGCAAGAUCCAAAACCAUAAAAACUUGUUUUUUGUAGACAAUAGGUUCAUUAUGCAUUUCAUGGUAAGUUGUUGCGUAUGUCAUCAAACUUAUCUGUACCCAGUAGUAAGAUUGAUAUUCCUUAUUUCUUUAAUCCCAGCCUAGGUACAGGAAAAGAGGUAGAGGAAAGUAAUUUGCUGCAGAAAUUAUCAAAAGCUUGCAUUGUUGAUUUCUCUUAGGUUGACUCUUCAACUGCACAAUUGUAUAAAAAUGGCCAACUAUCAGCCCCUUGUUUGUGACAUUGGAACUGGAAUGAUGAAGGUUGGGUUUGCUGCUGAGGAUGCCCCCAGGGCAGUCUUUUCUAGCAUCGUAGACAUACCACAUCACACUGGUGUUAGGGUAGGCAUGAACCAGGAUGAGGGUCAAUCCAAAAGACAUGCCAUUUCAUUGAAAUAUCCUAUCGAGCGUGGAAUUGUUAAGAACUGGGAUGGAAUGGAAAAGAUUUGGCAUCGCACUUUCUAUGAUGAGCUUCGUGUUGAUCCUAAACAACAUCCUGUGCUUUUAACUGAGCCACCUCUAAAUCCCAAGGCUGAUAGAGAGAAGAUGGCUGAACUCAUGUUUGAGACCUUCAAAGUUCCCGCCAUGUAUAUUGCUCUCCAGGCUGGGCUUUCCAUGUUUGCCGGUGGUCGUACGACUGGUAUCGCGGUUCAUUCCGGGGAUGGUGUGUCAUACGCGGUGCCAUGUCUCAUAGGUGGUUAUUUUUUUGAAGCCAUGACCCGUGUAGAUGUUGCUGGUGGUGACAUUACAGAUUAUCUGAUGACAACCCUCACGGAAAGAGGUUAUGACAUCGCUGAACGGGAAACAGUCCGUGACAUUAAAGAUAAGUUUUGUUAUGUUGCUGGUAAUUGUGAGCAAGAGUUCGAGAGGAGCUCCUCUGCCACAAAGGAGUACUUGUUGCCGGAUGGGCAAGCCUUUGCAAUCGGAGCAGAACGUUUCUGUUGCCCCGAGGUCCUCUUCCGGCCAUCUUUAAUCGGAAGGGAAGGUCUCGGCAUCCAUGAAAUGGUUUACAGCACAAUCAGAAAGUGUUGUGCUAAAAUACUAAAUAUUGAUGUCUGUGGGAAACUCUUCAACAACAUUAUUCUCACAGGUGGUUCAACCAUGUUACCAGGAUUUGCUGACAGGAUGGAGAAGGAAAUCACCGUUCUUGACAGGCAGGAGAAGAAGUGCCCUCUUACGGACCUGAGGAAGAGGAUUAUUGCAACCCCGGAGAGAAGGUGGAGUGCUUGGAUUGGUGGAUCCAUGCUUGCAUGCCUCAGUACCUUCCCAAGGCUGUAUAUUUCAAAGACCGAGUAUGAGGAGCACGGCCCAUCCAUCCUCCAUGAGAGAUUCUUCUAAUUGUGGGGGGGAAUUUUUGGCGAUUGUGUAAAAGCUGUGGGUGGGUUGCUGAGGACUUGUGUACAUUUUGAGGCGUAGUAAAGCACAAAUACUUUGAGGGUCCUUUUUUGUUCUUUUUGCAAUAUGUUGAAGAUCGUAUGUAUAGGAUACUUUCUUAUACUUGUAAUGAGGUUAGCAUUUUUGAACUCUUC